AUGCGCUUCACUAUUGCCGCCACCGCCGCCUUCUUCGCCACUGCCGCCAUGGCCCAGGUCAACGUCGACCAGCGCGACGUUACCGUCUAUCAGACCCAGGUCGACACCAUCACCUCUUGCGGUCCUGAGGUUACCAACUGCCCUGCUCGCUCUCACUCGAGCACCGCUGCUCCCGUCAGCACCACUCCCUCGAGCGCCGCUGUCGUGCCUACCAGCAGCUCUGUCGUCGCCCCCGUGAGCUCGGUCCCCUCUAGCAGCCCCAUUGCUUCCAGCAGUCCCGUCGCCUCCAGCCCCGUUGCCUCCAGCCCUGUCGCUUCCAGCGCCCCCGUCUUCACCUCUUCUGCUCCUGCUGGCGAGUGCACUCCCGUCACCUACUGGAGCACCGUCACCGUCACUGCUGGUGGCUCCUCCACCUUGACUCCUUACUACCCCACUGGCACCGGCAGCUCUGGCUCUGGCUCCGGCUCCGGCUCCGGUUCUGGCUCUCCUUCGGGCUCUGGUGCCUACUACCCCUCUGGCACCGGCACUGGUGCUUACUACCCCACCGGUACCACCGGCACCAAGUCCUCUGGCUCCAACACUCCCCUCUCUCCUAGCUCCACCAACCCCUCUGCUUUCACUGGUGCUGCUAGCAGCCUGACUGGCUCCAACUCUCUCGCCAUCGCCGGUCUCGCUGCCGCCGCUGCCUACAUCCUUGCUUAA